CCCCAGUUCAUCAUCUAGGGUUUAUAUACACAGAAAUACAAUUUUCUAGGGUUUAUGGAAUUCAUUGGAUACAGCUCUGCCUCGUUAUAAUCUAGUUUAUUUUCCUUACAAAUAUCACUUAUUUACUAAGCUCAGACAAUGGGCAAGACGAAGAAAUUUAUCGACAAGAAGAAAUCCGCAACUUUCCAAUUGCUCGCCCGCGACUCAUCUGAUCCCAGUUACGCCGAAACACCGGGUAAUGAUCGAGUUUUUGUCCGAGUCGACAAUAAUCCCUUUUCUGUAGACAACUUCUUCGACGGAGAUAACCCCGACGGUGGUAUCUCUCCCAAUGGUCAAUACGAUAACGAUCCUAAUUCCAUUUUCGCCGAUGCGCCUGGCGAUUCCGACGACGGUGGAGAUGAUAGUGAUAGAGUUUUCGGAAGUUCGAUGAAGUUUGGACCGGAAUUUGGUGGAGCUUCUGCGGCGGAGACGGGGCCUUCGCCUGAGCAUGUGAGAAGGGAAAUUUUAGAGUUAGGAUUUCCUGAUGAUGGCUAUAAUUAUUUGCUUCACUUAAGGGAGAUUAAGAACACUGGUGGUGGCUCUUAUUUUUAUCAAAAUCCCAAAGCUACUCCUGAUCAGCUUCCUCGCGAUGUCAAGGCAUAUGAUGCUUCGAGAGUUCGAGUAUCCGAAGUGAAAAUUGAUGAUACCAAUGAUAAGUCGAUUUAUAGUGUAGCCUCGAAGACUGUUGGUGUCAGAGUGCAGAAAGUGUUUGAUCCUGAAGUAGCUGCAUUACUUGAUGACAGUGAUUUAUCGCGGUUUGGUUCUGAUGUUGAGGACUUGGAGGAGGAUUUUGUUGUUCGUGCAAAUAUUCCUGACGAAGGGGCAGAUUUGGAUAUUGAUAAGAAGUUGAAUUUGACUGAUGAAUCCAAUCAUGUGGCUUCUGGUAAUCAAGGUGUGGCAGUGGAUAAUAGGAGUGUAGAGAAAGGAGAAGUAGAAAAUGAUUUUGCUGGUGAGAAGCCACGAGUUCGCCGUCUUCUGGAUGAGCAAUUUGAUUUGCUUGAACGUCAAGAAUAUGGCACAGAUGAUGAAGAUGAUGAAUAUAGUGGUUAUAUCGCAGAAGAAGAUGAAACUCUUGCUAAUAAGCUCAACCAUGUUCUUAAUACCCAUCAAAAGGAUGACUUGGAAUUUGGUGAUAAAUAUGAAGUCCCUGCAGAUUUAUUGCGUGCCAAUGAGCGACCAAUAAGUAAAGAAAUAAUAGACUCGGCGGCUGAUGUCAUUCGACGUUGUGUAGAAUAUGCAGAUAAUUAUGAAAAUGAGGAUGAAAAUGAAGAUGUUGUCAUUGUACGGGAAAGUAGUGAUGAUGAUUCAGAACAAUGGGAUUGCGAGACUAUCAUCACCACGUAUUCAAAUCUUGAUAAUCACCCUGCUAAAAUUGAAGCUCCAGGAGUUGCUAGAAAGAAGAAGAUAGCUGAAACUUUCUCUGGAGCCUUGAAUGCAACCAGUCAUGUGAUAACCCUUCGAGGAAAGGAGAAACUUCCUGUGGACUUCUUGCCUCGUGGUAAAAAAUCUGAUGUGGAAAAAGUGAAAGGUGUGCCUGGCUUAAAAACUGAGCCACUGAAGAGGAAGCAACAUGGCCAGGAGUCAAAGGAGGAGAAGAAAGAACGAAAGGCUGCUGUAAAGGAGGAAAGGCGUGAAGCUAGACGUGCAAAGAAAGAAAUGAAGGGACUCUACCAAGGUGAAGCGCAGCGUGCUCAGAGAGUUGCUGCCAUAGCUGGUCCAUCUUCGAUUCAUCUUUUGUAAGUAAUUUGGCAUUAGAUUGUUGUUUUGAGCGCUAUGGUCUUCCAGGAUGAUGCUCAUCUCUUUCCAAAGCUAUCUAAAGGUUAUCACUUUAAACACUCAUUUUUUACGAGAAAAUGUGCCAAAUGAUUGGUUCAUUUUUGAAUUAAGGUGGAGCAUAAAGUUUUUAUUUUCACUUGAUUUGAGUUACAGAUUUGUUUCUUUGUAUUGUCGGAAUGUUAUCUUGUAAUGAUAUUUUGUCAAGCAUGGUGAAGUCGGAAGCCUAUGGCUAUCUUGGUUGAAACAUUGCAUAAAUUGAACUUGCCACCCAAUAUUUAUGCUAUGUGAUUGGUCUAUUCUGUUAUUUGUAUUGAGAAACGGAAGUGUCUGAAUUUAAUGUGUUUGGGAUGGGUCUGUCCUCAGCUUAACUCGGGGAUUACAUUUUACUGAUUCUAGAAAACUAGGUUGAAUCAAAAAAUAUUAUCGUGAUUUUCCAUGCAGAAUAAAUAAGGCCAGUUGAAAGAGAGAGCAAGAAGAGGAGGAGCUAAGAUAACCAAGAAAAACCUGAACAGAUGGCCGCUACUAUAUCUCAUAUUCUGCUUCUACAAAGGAAUUAGGUGGAAUGCUUCCACUUAAUUUAAACUGCAGUAACUAUUAAAAUAUGUUAUUAAACUGUAGCAUUACACUACAAUUAGGAUAAAGAGAAUAUAGGUUCGCCGAGUGAGAGGAAGAAAUAUUUUUGGCACUACAAAUUCAUGAAACUUUUCCAUGGGGAAUGGGUGAAUAAUUUCCGCCUCCGGAUCUUGGUGAAGGAUCCCAGUAGCCGUAGUCUUCUAUCACAUCUACUGGGUGGACGUUGUACUGUUCUCCAUAGCCGUGCUUCUUCUGGUCCUUGACUGGCUCGAAGGGAAGAGAAGUUGGUGGUGAUGUUGGCGAAGACGCCAGUGAUGUUGAUUCAGAGGCUAAUAUCAGCAGCAGUGUCAUUAUAACAAUAGUUGUCAUGCAUGAAAUGUGGCCAACUGACCUCUUAUUCAAGGUUGUCAUGCCUGUAAUGUGCUUUAUAUUUUAUCCUUGUACCCGGUACCUGAGUUUUGCCAAAAUGCAGGAAAUCCUCUGAUCUGCUUUGUCUAUGCUUCCCAUGCCAACUAUUCUUCAACUAAGUAUAAUUAAUACCUGAAUUUUGUAAUAAACUCUGGGGAUUAAGCUGUGUUGCA